GAUCGUGAGAUGCGGGCUGGUGUGAUGUAGGUUUUAGAAAAUUUUUUAAUGCGGCUUUGCAUAACGAAUAGUCGGUUUUUGCGUCUGCUGUUAAAUUUUCCAUAUUUAGUUUCUUUAUGAGAGAGUUUCUUUAUGUUUUCAACUCUAUUUUUAGAUUUUUAAAAAGUAUUUUAUCAGAAGGAGAGCGAGAAAAAACGUCAGCACUCGCUCACUGUCUUUACGUUACUAAAAUAUUAUAGUAAUUUACAACACAAUUAAUUGAUUUUUUCCAUAGUAAUAGUUCAAAAUACAUAUGUUCAUAAAUUAAUAUUUUAAUUAUAGUUUAGACAGUUUUGCAGAUUUCAUUAGGCACGAUUUUACGUUCACAUUUAUGCGCGUUUAUAUUCCUGGAUUCAGUUUUAAUAGCCUGCCAAAACUUACGAGUAUUUAAUAAAAUUCAAAAAAACGAUUUUCAAAACUACCUUUCUUCAUUCCUACUUGGUGAUUAAAGUGCGCGUUUUUGCUGUAGUUAUCCAAAGUGACGUUGUGACAAAUUUGGUUUCGUCGAGUCUACAGCGUGACUUGCGCGCUCAGACGGUCUAUGCGUGCUGGUUCUGAAGGCCGGAAGGUUUGACAAUGCUUGUUGUCCCGUUGUUAAGACUAAGCAUACCUUGAAAUUUCCAAAUAAAUUAAUGAAACCGUCCGAUUAAAUAGCAUGUUUUUACAUUAUUCGCUAAAAUAAUGGUCCACUUGAGUAGCCUCGACAAAAUAUACAGGAGCAUUCUUCUAUCUAAAUAUUUCAUCAAGGGCUGGGGUUCUCCGACGGAUCUCAAGAGGUUACUUAAAUUCAGAAGGAUAGUAUCUCGACGUGAAGAGUGCUUUAAGUUGGUUCCCCCAGAUUACCCUCUAAAAAUAACUAAGGACACAUAUUCAAAUGGAGAACGAAUUAUUGAAGGAUCUUUUCGUUCACCGUUGGAACUUUACUUGCCAGGACUUUUACCAGAGGAAUCCAAGCUAGCUUAUUUUCAGUUCAUACUACCUAAAACCUGGAAAUCUGAAUAUUACAAGCCAGUUUGUAUACACAUGGCUGGGACAGGAGAUCAUUAUUUUUGGCGGAGGAGACAUAUAAUGGCCAAACCAUUGUUGAAAGAAGGUGGAAUCGCUUCGAUACUUCUUGAGAACCCAUUUUAUGGAAUGCGUAAACCAAAAUAUCAAAUAAGAUCUGUUUUACACAAUGUUUCUGACAUUUUCGUAAUGGGCGGUUGUCUAAUCCUUGAAGCAUUGGUACUCCUUCACUGGUGUCGGCGAAAAGGAUAUGGCCCUCUUGGUGUUACAGGCAUGUCAAUGGGAGGUCAUAUGGCAUCACUAGCAGCAACAAAUUGGCCAUACCCUUUAGUUUUAGUCCCUUGUUUAUCCUGGUCUACAGCAUCGGGUGUUUUCACAGAGGGUGUUAUAAGCAAGGCAAUAAAUUGGAGUCUUUUGGAAACCCAGUACACAGAAAAUGAGGUUCUUAGAAGCGAUAUUGCAAGUAUGGUUGAUUACAUGGAACAUGAUGCUUUUGUUGCUGGACGGCAAUUUGCUAAAGCCUUCCCAACAAGUAUUACUAACAUUAUGAAUAAACGCCAUCAAGAUUCAAAUGAUAGUAAAAUUGCUAAUGUCCAGACAGUUAACAGGAAAAAUUUAAUCCAAUCAUUUUCCUCUAGGAUUUCUAGCUCAAAGCAAGAUGUACCUGUCCCUAAUCAACAGCUGGAAGUGAUUCAUUUUAUGAAAGGAAUAAUGGAUGAGUGCACCCACAUAGCCAACUUCUCGAAGCCUGUUGAUACCUCUUUAAUAAUCAUUGUUUGCGCCCGUGACGACGGUUACGUACCUAGGGAAGGUGUAACGAAUAUAACAGAUAUUUGGCCUGGUGCUGAAGUUCGUUACUUAGAAGCUGGCCAUGUAUCAGCAUUUAUUCUACACCAAAAAGUGUUUAGAGAAGCCAUAAUUGAUGCCUUCGAACGUUGCAGAACAAAAUACCCUUCAUAUAUGUAACAAGUCUGAAAGCAUACCUGUGAUAAGAAAUGCUCAUUAUUAGUUUUGACAAGAUUGAAUAACGUAUACAUAAAACAAUUGUUAAUUACAUAUAUUUAUAUAGUAA